AGCUUCAGCCAUCGACCCUCCUCAUCCGCACUCGCCUUACGAGACUCCUUCAGAGCAGCUCGCGCCACCUUUCGUCAGCCAGCUAGCCAUGGCCGCCGCACGGACCUACGCCGACUUCGUGCCGUCCCACGACCUCGUCGAGGACGCCGCCAAGCAGACCCUCGUCGUCAACCUCCCCGGGUUCAAGAAGGAGCACCUGAGGGUCCAGAUCGACAACUACGGCCGGCUGAGGGUCAGCGGCGAGCGGCAGCUCGAGGGCGGCCAGUGGAGCCGGUUCCGCAAGGAGUUCCAGGUCCCCGAGGGCUGCGACGCCGGCGGCAUCCGCGCCAGGUUCGAGAAGGACGGCGUCCUCCACGUCAUCAUGCCCAGGCUCACGCCCCUCCAGGACGACCCAACGGCCGCGGCAGACCACGAGGCGGAAGCUGCGCGGCACGCCGCUGCCGCAGAAGAGAAGAAGCGCCACGAGGAGAUGGAGGAGGAGGACGCGAGGAGGCGUCGUGCGGGUCACGAGGACGACUACGCCAGCGACGAAGGCGAGGGCGCACACCGCCAGGCGGCGUCUGCCGGUGGGCAGGCGUACGGCUUCGCCCGGGACCGCAGCAGGAGCGGGAUGGUGAGGGCGCUCCUCCUCGCCGUGGCGGUGGCCUUGGUCGGCGCUGCUGGCCUGUAUGCUCGCUACAGGUGGAUGGACCCGUCGGCUGAGACUGCGCCGGCAGAUGGUGCCCUCUCUGACUAUUGAUCACCAACACCAUAAGCAUUCGUUCACACCGCUGAAGAUAAGAUCAUUCGGGGGAAAAACAAGUGGCCAAGAUACGGGACUACAAGAGCUGCCUGAAAUACUACGUGUAAAUAUGAUCUCACUACUGUAAUUAACUUAUACACAUUCAAUUGGUGGUUCUACUUGUACAUAUAUUGUCAAAACAUGAAAAGACUGGCCUUGAAGUA